AUGUGUUCACCAACAUGCGAAGAUAGAUAUGUCWAGAAAAACAAGUUUUUUGUACGUUUUUAGCUAAAUCUGUGCUAUUUUGUACAUUGAAGUUUAGAGACACUUGAUAUUCAAACGCCGAGUAAAAUGCAGGAUAUCGUAGCGGGCGUUUCGGACAUAAUUUUAGACAUUGAAUAUCAACUCAAGCAUCAGGUAGGAUGCCAACCUCUACCGUUCCCAGGCAUGGACAAGUCCAGUGCAGCAGUAUGUGAGUUCUUUGUGAACAAUACCUGUACCCGAGGUGCCUACUGUCCAUUUAGACACACGUCUGGUGAAAAGACAGUCGUUUGUAAACAUUGGCUGAGAGGUUUAUGUAAGAAAGGGGACCAAUGUGAGUUUUUACAUCAAUAUGACAUGACCAAGAUGCCUGAGUGUUAUUUUUAUUCCAAAUUUGGAGAGUGCAGUAACAAGGAAUGUCAGUACUUACAUAUUGAUCCCCAGUCCAAGAUAAAAGACUGUCCUUGGUAUGACAGGGGAUUCUGUAAACAUGGUCCACACUGCCGUCAUCGUCAUGUCCGUAGGGUUAUAUGUAUUAAUUAUUUAUGUGGAUUUUGUCCGGAAGGUCCAAAUUGUAAGCAUAAACACCCAAGGUUUGAACUCCCAAUUGUCAAGGACGAGAAUGUAGAGAAAAAGUUAAAUAUCACRUGUCAUAGUUGUGGUCAACCUGGACACAAGGCAUCGUCAUGCCCACAAAAUCCUCAAAAAGAAAACUUCAAGCCCAAUAAUGCAAAUGUGCCUUCAUCGAUGGGCGAUCAACAGAUCUUCGGUAGACGGCCAUUAGAAACUGUGACAUGCUUCAAGUGUGGAGAUAAAGGUCAUUAUGCUAACAAGUGCCCAAAGUCAAGAUCAGAUUUGAUUGGAUAAUAGCUGGGCUACUUGUACAAGAUGAAAGAUAGUGUGGACUUGAUUAUAUCCUUGUCUAUAAGUUUACACAGUUUUUGCUACUAUGAUAGGUCAACAUGGCUGCUUCUAGAUACUCCAAAAAUACUUCAUGUAAAGCUUGUUACUGCGCUGCAUUGUCAAUACUAGAUGUCUAGUUACUAGUCCUCUGGCAUGUGACAUGUUAAACAGGAAGCCCAUGAACUAUAAAUGAAUGUACAGAUCAGCUUUUUUUAGCUUAUGUUCAGUCAAAAGUGGAAUUAAUGUACAAUGUUAGUCUGUGCUAGUCUAGAUGAAGUCCAAUUAGUAAGGAUGGCUUCGUUGUUGCAAGCUCGUUUAGCUUUUCUCCUGGGCUAACUCUUAAAAAAGUUUUAUAAAUUGACAAAAGGCUUUGAACAACCUGGACUUGUUCUGCUGAACAACYUUACCGUGUUUGGUUGUUCUAUUCAUUGCUAUACAUACAUAUAUGUGUAAAUAUUGGUGCCAAAAUAAAUGUUUUGUGUUUAGCUCAAUUUCACUAUGCUCAGUUUCACUAUGUUCGGAUUAAAUAAYCGUAUAUGUUGUGUGUUUGUCAUGUGCAAGCAAACAAGUCAGUAGAAGAAUCAAAAAUUGAACAAAACAAAAAGAAAGAAAGAAAGAAAGGGAGAAAGAAAGAAAGAAAGAAAAGCGUCUUUGCCAUGUUUUGCCAUGAGAUUAGCCAAUGAGUAAUGCAGUUUUUUUUUUCAUCCACAAUGGGGGUUAUGACAUAACAUUGCGUAAACAAAUUUAUUUUUUGUGCUUUUAAUCGGAAAUCUCUCAUUGCGGUUGGCAAACUUUCACAAACUUUUGCAUUUGACUACAAAAAAGGAAAAGCGCUAAAAGUGCUGUGUUUUUUAAACGCUCGCGUUACGUAAUUGAAGUCAGGUUUGAUUAAAAACAUCUUUAGAAAUUUUGUACACUCAGGUAUAUUAAGGCCUGGGUCUGGAGGGGGUGGUCAAAUAUAGGCCUUAAAAAAAGAGGGGGUGGUCUAACUUAUCGUUGGUUAUAGAUGUGAAGUUGAAAGUUUAGCAUAUAAAUGUGGCAUGCAAUGUUCAUAUUUUACGUUGAUAGUUUACAUGGAGAUGACUUAUCUGACCUUUGAACCCAGAUUUUAAUAUUUUUUGGAAAGGCCUUCUGGAGAGUGGUAGAAUUAAUUUAUUUUGCAGAUGUUUUAACGGAAUGAACUGAGGUUUACUAAAGUCUUAAUGGAUCCAACUUGAUAGUUUGGAAAAAUAAACGAUAACCUCGAUUAAGGCACUUGUGUAAUUUGAUACUCUUAAAUAAUAUCUUAAUAAUUGCUAAAUUCCAACUAAUCAAGUUGGACUCAGAUGAAGUGCGCUAUGAUCAUUCUUUUUCGAAAAGAAAAUGUUCAUAAACAAAACGUUCUACUACUCUUCCAAGAGCAUUAUCUGAAAUUUCUUUAUAUUGCGGUUAAAAGGUCACAAAGAUUGUCACCAUGACAACUACCAUAUCAAAGUGCUGACAUUGUCAUUGUUUUUGAUGUACCAAGUUUUGAUUUUAAUAACCUAAAACAUAAACGAGAUAGACCACCCCUUCUUACUUUAUGGCCGCCAUAUUGAAUACCCAGGCCUUAACAUGCCUGAGCAAUUGGAAUGGUUUAUUUUAAUUAAAAAAAUUAGCGUAAAA